GCCGCGGACCCAAGAUGGCGGCGUGUGGACGUGUACGGAGAAUGUUCCGCUUGUCGGCGGCGUUGCAGCUGCUGCUGUUGCUGCUGGCGGCAACUGGGGCCCAGAAAGUCCAGGGCGGCCACAGCCAAGGCCAGGGCCCGGGGGCCAACUUUGUGUCGUUCGUAGGUCAGGCUGGAGGCGGUAGUCCGGCGGGGCAGCAGAUGCCCCAGCUGCCUCAGUCAUCGCUGCUCCAGCAGCAGCAGCAGCAGCAGCAGCAGCAGCAGCAGCAGCAGCAGCCACCUCAGGCGCCGCAGGCUCCUUUCCCCGCCGGGGGACCUCCAGCCCGGCGGGGUGGAGCUGGGCCCAGUGGUACUGGCGGAGGCUGGAAGCUGGCGGAGGAAGAGUCUUGCAGGGAGGACGUGACCCGUGUGUGUCCCAAGCACACCUGGAGCAACAACCUGGCGGUGCUCGAGUGCCUGCAGGACGUGAGGGAGCCUGAGAAUGAAAUUUCUUCAGAUUGCAAUCAUCUGCUAUGGAAUUACAAGCUGAACCUGACGACAGAUCCCAAAUUUGAAUCUGUGGCCAGAGAGGUUUGCAAGUCAACCAUAUCAGAGAUUAAAGAAUGUGCUGAUGAACCAGUUGGAAAAGGUUAUAUGGUUUCCUGCUUGGUAGAUCAUCGAGGCAACAUUACUGAGUAUCAAUGUCACCAAUACAUUACCAAGAUGACAGCCAUCAUUUUCAGUGAUUACCGAUUAAUUUGUGGCUUCAUGGAUGACUGCAAAAAUGACAUCAACAUUCUGAAAUGUGGUAGCAUUCGACUUGGUGAAAAGGAUGCACAUUCACAAGGUGAAGUGGUAUCAUGCUUGGAGAAAGGUCUGGUAAAAGAAGCAGAAGAAAAAGAACCCAAGAUUCAAGUGUCUGAACUCUGCAAGAAAGCCAUUCUCCGGGUGGCUGAGCUAUCCUCAGACGACUUUCAUUUAGAUCGGCAUUUGUAUUUUGCUUGCCGAGAUGAUCGUGAGCGUUUUUGUGAGAAUACACAAGCUGGUGAAGGACGAGUGUAUAAAUGCCUUUUUAACCAUAAAUUUGAAGAAUCUAUGAGUGAAAAGUGUCGAGAAGCAUUAACAACCCGCCAAAAGCUCAUUGCCCAGGAUUAUAAAGUCAGUUACUCAUUGGCCAAAUCUUGUAAGAGUGACUUGAAGAAAUACCGGUGCAAUGUGGAAAACCUCCCUCGGUCCCGGGAAGCCAGGCUCUCCUACCUUCUUAUGUGCUUAGAGUCAGCUGUGCACAGAGGGCGACAAGUGAGCAGUGAGUGCCAGGGGGAGAUGUUAGAUUACCGACGCAUGCUGAUGGAAGACUUCUCUCUGAGUCCUGAGAUCAUCCUAAGCUGUCGAGGAGAGAUUGAACACCACUGUUCUGGAUUACAUCGGAAAGGGCGAACCCUGCACUGUCUGAUGAAAGUAGUUCGGGGAGAGAAGGGGAACCUUGGAAUGAACUGUCAGCAGGCGCUUCAAACACUGAUUCAAGAGACUGACCCUGGUGCGGAUUACCGUAUUGAUCGGGCUUUGAAUGAAGCUUGUGAAUCUGUAAUACAGACAGCCUGCAAACACAUACGGUCUGGAGACCCAAUGAUCCUCUCGUGUCUGAUGGAACAUUUAUACACAGAGAAAAUGGUAGAAGAUUGUGAACACCGUCUCUUAGAGCUGCAGUACUUCAUCUCCCGGGAUUGGAAGCUGGAUUCUGUCUUGUACCGAAAGUGCCAGGGAGAUGCUUCUCGCCUUUGCCACACCCACGGUUGGAAUGAGACCAGUGAACUUAUGCCUCCUGGAGCUGUCUUCUCUUGUUUAUAUAGGCAUGCCUACCGCACUGAGGAACAAGGAAGGAGGCUCUCUCGGGAAUGCCGUGCUGAAGUUCAAAGGAUCCUACACCAGCGUGCCAUGGAUGUUAAGCUGGAUCCUGCCCUCCAGGAUAAGUGCCUAAUAGAUCUGGGAAAAUGGUGUAGUGAGAAAACAGAGACUGGGCAGGAGCUUGAGUGCCUCCAGGACCAUCUGGAUGACUUGGCUGUUGAGUGCCGAGACAUAGUGGGCAACCUCACUGAGUUGGAAUCUGAGGAUAUCCAAAUAGAAGCCUUGCUGAUGAGAGCCUGUGAGCCCAUAAUUCAGAACUUUUGCCACGAUGUGGCAGACAACCAGAUAGACUCUGGGGACCUGAUGGAGUGUCUGAUACAGAACAAACACCAGAAAGAUAUGAAUGAGAAGUGUGCCAUUGGAGUCACUCACUUCCAACUGGUGCAGAUGAAGGAUUUUCGAUUCUCUUACAAGUUUAAAAUGGCUUGCAAGGAGGAUGUGCUGAAACUUUGCCCCAAUAUCAAAAAAAAGGUGGACGUGGUGAUUUGCCUGAGCACCACUGUGCGCAACGACACUCUGCAGGAAGCCAAGGAGCAUAGGGUGUCCCUGAAGUGCCGCAAGCAGCUCCGUGUGGAGGAGCUAGAGAUGACAGAGGACAUCCGUUUGGAACCAGAUCUGUAUGAAGCCUGCAAGAGUGACAUCAAGAACUACUGUUCCACUGUGCAAUAUGGAAAUGCUCAGAUUAUUGAAUGCUUGAAAGAAAACAAGAAGCAGCUGAGUACCCGUUGCCACCAGAAAGUAUUUAAGCUGCAGGAGACAGAAAUGAUGGACCCAGAACUGGACUAUACACUCAUGCGAGUCUGUAAGCAGAUGAUAAAGAGGUUCUGUUUAGAAGCAGAUUCUAAAAACAUGUUGCAGUGCUUGAAGCAAAAUAAAAACAGCGAAUUGAUGGAUCCCAAAUGCAAACAGAUGAUAACCAAACGCCAAAUCACCCAAAACACAGAUUAUCGCUUAAACCCUGUGCUGAGGAAAGCUUGUAAAGCUGACAUUCCUAAAUUCUGUCAUGGUAUCCUGACCAAGGCCAAGGAUGAUUCAGAGCUAGAAGGUCAAGUCAUUUCAUGCCUCAAGCUGAGAUAUGCUGACCAGCGGCUAUCUUCAGACUGUGAGGACCAGAUCCGUAUCAUCAUCCAAGAGUCUGCUCUGGAUUAUCGCCUUGAUCCUCAGCUCCAGCUGCACUGUUCAGAGGAGAUUGCCAGUCUGUGUGCUGAAGAAGCAGCAGCCCAAGAGCAGACAGGUCAGGUGGAAGAGUGCCUCAAGGUCAACCUGCUCAAGAUCAAAACAGAAUUGUGUAAAAAGGAAGUGCUCAACAUGCUAAAGGAAAGCAAAGCAGACAUUUUUGUGGAUCCAGUUCUUCAUACAGCAUGUGCUCUGGACAUUAAACACCACUGUGCAGCCAUCACCCCUGGCCGUGGGCGCCAAAUGUCCUGCCUAAUGGAAGCCCUGGAGGAUAAACGGGUGAGAUUACAGCCUGAGUGCAAAAAGCGCCUCAAUGACCGGAUUGAAAUGUGGAGUUAUGCAGCCAAGGUGGCCCCAGCAGAUGGCUUUUCUGAUCUCGCCAUGCAAGUGAUGACAUCUCCUUCGAAGAACUACAUCCUGUCUGUGAUUAGUGGGAGCAUUUGCAUAUUGUUCCUGAUUGGGCUGAUGUGCGGACGGAUCACUAAGCGUGUAACACGAGAGCUCAAGGACAGGUAGAGCCACCUUAACCACCAAAGGAACUACCUGCCCAGUGCCCAGUUUGUACAGCCCUCCUGUAUAGUGUACCCUUUCACCUCACCCUUCUAAGAGGUGGCACCAACACCCCCAGUAGAGCAGCAGGUGCCCACUGCACUGUCCCGUCCAGACUUGGCCACAUCCACAGUUCUCCUCCUCCCAGCAGUCUGUGCAGUCCCAGCAGCUGGCCACUUUGCUGGCAGCCUUUGGUGGCGAAAUUGGGUUUAUCUAUCUGCCUGUAGACAAGUCUCUCUAAUACCAACGGAACUACCAGUAGAACCAACUCACCUGACCUGCAACUCAAAUGCCUUUUUUUUUUAAUUAAAAAAAAAAGCAAAAACCAAAAAAAAAAAAAAAAAAGAAAAGAAAGAAAGGAAAAAAAAGAAAUGAAAGAAUUUCAAAGAAAGGAAAAGUGUAUAUAGUAACACAUCUCCUUCAGGCUUGACUUGAGCAGUGGGUUUAUUUCUUCCGUGUAACUGCUUCAGAUGACAGCAGGAUUUGGAGGGGACACACACGUCCAGUACCUGAGCACUGAGAUGCCUGGCUCAUCUCUGAGAAGCACCUUUGGGCCACAUCAGGGCAUGGACUUCACCAAAUAGUGGGAAACAACAAGCAUCCUGCUUUUGAGUCCUGUUUGCUUGCGCUGAAGCAGCAAUGCCUUCCAGCUCCCACCCUAGACAAGUUACUGCUGGUCACCAUGCCACAGCUACGGAGAUUUCUGUGACCUCCCCACUGCAGUGUAGAGCUGUGAACCUCCCUAGGCCAAGGGCAAGAGAGUUAGUGGGGAAGCAGAAGUCCUGGAAGCAGGACAGUCCACUGAUCUGCAUUGAGAGGUUUGUGACUGAGUCCACAGCCAGCAGAAUCUCAAUGUCACCAUUCUCCUGGACAGUACGGAGCUGACACAUCUUUGUUGACCGUGCUGAGCAUGCAAUUGCUCUAGAAGUUGUCUGUCUCACCAGGAGGCAUUCAUUGGGGUGGGGGAAGAGUGUGUAGCAGGGUAAGGCAAGGAGGGGCCAGUGCCUGACUCACUUCACUUUACUUUUUGAGGUACAAUACAGGCCAGAAAUAGUUGCUUCAAAAGAUUUAGCAUGGUCUCAGGGUAUGACUGGCAGUGCAGUCUGACCCUUUGGCACGCUCCAGUCAGACAUCCCAGACAAGCUCCUUUGUGCCUCUGUGUGGAGGUGUGGAAAGUUACUGCACUAGAAGGUGGAGGAUUUUUCUCUGUUCUCUUUUUCUAUCCAUUUGUCAUGUGUACCCACUCUACUAGGCACUGGCUAAAUGUAUUUUGGUGGUUUUUCAACCUUUCCAAAACAUGAGCUUUACAGGAACAAGAUUCCUGGCCAUCCUUCAUUCCUCCAGCAUGAAGGUAACAGGGUUGAGGCAUAAAAGGAAGGAGCCAAGGCAUUAAAGUUCAUCUUGGCUCACCCUUGGUUGAGUUUGGGGCACAGUGUCACAGUGGCUAUACAGGAGGGUGGCAUGUACAGUAGGAGAUAUAUUUAUAUAAUAUAUAUUUUAUUAACCUGUUAGAUGUCCACGAAGUAUUAUAAAUCAUGUGCCUAAAACUGUCCACAUAGACUGAGUCCCCUUAUGGUGCCCUUCCUCCUCCUGCCUCCCAUUUGCACACAUGUGUGCUGAGGUACUUGAGCGACGCCUGUCUUCCCUGAAAUGCUUUCAGUGCAAGCAGUGUCAGUUGUGGAUCAGUCGCUCCAAAUUACUUCUUGUCUAACCUGACUGACAUUCAUUUGAAUACUGUGGUUUUUUUUUUUUCUUUUUUGCUAUAUUUUCUGAUGACAGUGUGUUCAGGAGCCAGCUAUAUGUCCCCUGUGUAGGCUAAUAGAAGUCACCAAAGGGAUCUGCUAACUCAUCUGGUCCCCUCAGUCCUGUUCUUUGGGUCUUCUUGAUUCUCAGAAGCUGCUUUGGGUUUCUUCUGUCUCCUGAGACUUAACACCUGCAGUGUGAGCAUUGCCCACACACUGUUGACCAAGCUGGGCUGGUCCUGAGAGUCCCUCCCUCCCCAGGGUUCUCAGGGGGACACGGGCUGAUAUCCAGAAAGGAGAACAUUAAUAAUGCAGUUCCUGAUGUGUCAUUGUGAUUCAGGAUCAGGGUGAUAUUUCCCAUUAACACAGGGUGGGAACAUCACUGGUAGUCUCCCUUCCAUCAUAGAUACAACCUCGUGGUUCUAACAUGUCUUGAUGUUUUGAUUAUUUCUGAGCUGGCAGGAAAUCUCAGUUGUAUACAGCAGGGUGGGAGGUUUGAUCAGUUAGGUUCUUGAAACACUUGUCAUUAGACAUGGUCAGAACAGAAGAGGUAACUGCUGGUGCUUUAGUUGCCUGGUACAAGGAACUAUUCACCUUCCUUGGAGUGGUCGCCUAUGACUGACCCUUGAGGGUCCCUGGCCUGCUUUUAUGCAGGUUUUUCUAAUCUAAAUCUCAGUGCCCCAUGGCCAUCUACACUGGUAGCUUACUCACUUCCAUUUUGUAGCUCCUUAGGCAUAAUGUAGUAGGCUAUGAGACACACAGGCCCCUGGCCUCAUAAGUCUGUCAUGGGUAUAAAUCAGCUAAUAGAGAGCUACCCCAGAAGAACCCUGACCCUACUGUUAGAGUCAGUGAUGGGCCCUUGGCUGGUGUCUAGCCCAGGAGCAUGAAUAGAAGUAAGAGAGGCCAAGACUCCAGGAGUCUGGCUUUGUGAACUCAUGCCAGAGCCUUGGGGACUCUUAGUGCUACACUGCCCUCUAGUGGCUCUCGAGGUUAGGUACCUGGGCAGAGGAACAUGGACAGGGAGGUCAGCCAUCUAGACCUAGUGCCAAGAACCAGACUUAACUUCUGAUGGGGCUUCUCCCAAGGAAGGGAGCUCCAGGAGCAAGACAUUUCUCUACUGAGGUGUAUCCCAGACAUCUUUGCUGUUUCUACUAUCCCAAGACAGGUCUGCUGACAAGAGGUGCCAACAGGAGAAAUACCAAAAGUCUAGGUCCACUCCCGGGAAAGCCCUUGGCCUUUGCGUUCCCACGAAACCUUCUGACUACUUCAGCCCCAGUUCUGCAGAUCUCGUCAGCUUGUUGAGCCAUUGCCUCCUUAGAAGAUGUGAGCACUCUAGGGCUACCAGUGGAGUAGCAGUUAGGGAGCAGGUAGUAACGAAGCCAUUGAAGCCACCUGGGCUGCCUCAUCCUGGGCCUGCUUCUCUGUGAGCAGAUAGGCCAGUGUGGGGGAAAGUCCACCGGCCUAGAAAAUGUGACAGAAGUUACUAUCCAGUUCCAUGUCUUCCUGUUUCCCGAGGUCAACUCACAGAAAAAUCAUGUGGCAAGAAUGUCUAGAAUUUAUAUUUUAUCAGAUACAUUGGAAAGGGAAUUAUGUAGUUAGUGUCCCUCAGCCUUCCCAAGAGUAAAUUCAUUCUGUCGUGAAUUAGUGUGAUCUCUAUCCUCCCCCCUCCAGGCUGUGGUACCAUUUCUAUCUCAAAGAUACUCCUCAUCCAGGUAAUGGUCAUCAGGGCUUCUGAGGCCUUUCCUGGCCGGACUCAAGUCAUUCUGAGAAAAAACUUCCCAUUCCUUCCCCUGCCCCAAAGCCAAACAAAUGUCCUUCAUACAUACCAGGUGCAGAGUCUCAGAAGGAAAUUGGCCUGGAGCCCUCAGAGGUCAGCCAGCUCAGCAUGGCGUCUGUAACCUAAAUCAGAGCCACUGAAACAAAAUAAGAUGAGGUCGUCUUAUGAGACUGAAAAUCUAAGCUCAGAAUGCCCUCUUGAACUUCUCACCAUCCAGACACACCUAAGUGUCUUUAUAAAAUGUACCCUGAGGUCUUCCGAACCUUCAGGGCAUUUAUCUCGUAACUCACCUCUGACCCACUUGACUGGUUCCCAGGGGGCCUGUGGCUGCAUCUGAUGUUCUGGCCUCCCUUUCCCUUCGUAUGUUGGUUUGCCAUCUAUCCAAUCAUUUACACUCCUUCUUGGCCCUUCCACUAUGGAGGACCAGGGUUACCUGUUAGAGCAAUUGAGUUUAAAGCCAAAUUUCUCUUGCUACCCUGACCUCAGACAACAGUGAGAUGUAAGCAAGACUGAGUGUCAGGGUGACAUGUUUCCCUGAGAAUCCAGUGAUAGUGCUGUGGGGCCUCAGGCUGUUUUGUCACUCAGAGCACAAGGAUGGGACUAUCUGCAGGCAGGUGGUGACAAGAUACUGACAGGGGUUCCUCCUCUCUUCGCACCUCCCACCUCAGUGCUGGGCUCUGGGCAGCAGAGAGCUUCCCAGGCAGAAGGCAGCACAGACCAUGCCUCUGUGUUGAGUUUUGCCUUCCCCCAACCCAGAACUGACACCUGCUCCUCAGCGCUCAGGGCUCCUCUGCCAGGAUGUAGGAACAGCCUGCUGGGCAGCAGCACGCUGGGGAGCAGCAAACUUCUGAACAGCUGCUUCCAGUGUGCGGGCUGGUCCUAGUGAAAGACAGACUGCACAGCAACUCCUGUGCAAGAUUUUAGGCCUCUUAACUUUUUUUUUUUUUUUGAAAGAAAAGUACAAUUAACAAGCCUCUUUUGUAAAUGAGUUUCCUCUCUAUGUAUAAAAUCCUGGAAGUUUCUUGUUUUUACAUGUUCAUGCUGUGUAAUUUUGAGAUGUUACUGAGAUUCUGAACAUAAUGUGCAUUUUUUCUGUACAGAUGAAAUGGGAGAAUUUAAUAAAGAGUUUGCAGGUUUGUACUUGUUAAA